AUGGCCAUCCCAAUCAAGCAAGUAAGAUGUGGUGGCCAUCAUAAUCUUGUACUUUUACAAAAUGGAGCUAUAUUUGCAUGGGGUUUUAAUAAUCACUAUCAAUGUGGAUUUUAUGAGAAUAUUAAGAACAAAUUACCAAGCAUCUCCAUUACACCUUUUUACAUUCCUAAAAACAUUAUUCCUUCCGAAAUUACAGACAUUCAAUGCUCCUUUCUUAGUUCUGCAAUUAUUACCAACAAUGGUGUGUACAUUAUAGGAGACCUUACAGCGAAGGCCAAUGCAUUUGCAAAAUCGAACGAAGAUUUGCGAUUUUUAACACUUCCAUUCUCCAAAUUUAAUUUCUUACUGAACGCAGCCAGUGGUGGUGCCGAUCAUUUUGUUCUUUUCACACACAAUGAAAACAGCGAAGGCUCGCAAGGCUACUUUUCAAAAAACUUGAGCGAAUUGCUCCAUAUUGAAUCCUCCAUCAUUCCUUCAGUCACUUCUCGCUCCAAUGGUUCCAAUGAUUCUUCCUCUUUCAAGUAUUCUACCGAUUUCUCAACGAGAUGA